GUGGGAGAUCCUCCAGUUCCAGCAGUUCAUCGGAUUCAGGAUCUUACAGCUCGUCAUCUUCAAGUGUUGCUUCAGAGAACUCUCGUCGAUCCAGAAGUCGACAUCGAUCAAGAAGAAACGACAGGACCCACUCGCGAGACAAUACCUGAACCUAACCCCCCUGUCUCUUCUCCAAAGGUGAACGAAGUCCCAGUGUCUGUGGCGGGUAACGAUCCCUCACAAACUGCGAGUGUUUCUAAGCCUGAAGAGGUUAAUCCACUUGACCCUGAGAUUUCUGAAUUGCUGGGGAAGCGUUUGGAUCCUGAUAAUCCUUUGGGACCAGCUAUCAAUGACAACAUUGCAGUCCGUUGGAAGGAAAUUCUUUCCAAAGGCUUGCCUAAAGACGAGUAAAAGGAAAUUAUCAAAAAAUAUUCCACACCGGAGAAUUGUAAAGAACUCAAUGCUCCUCGACUUAAUGUGGAAAUCAAGGCCUCACUGCCUGAGGGGGCAAUAGGUAGAGACACUAGAAUGGUCACCAAACAGACUAAACUGUCGAUUUGUCUAUCAGCCCUUGGCCAAGCCUUGAACUCCUUGGUGAUUCUUAAGAAAGAUGAACCUAUUGACCCUGAAGCGAAGAAGUCUUGUGAGCUAGAUGGCAUCAUCAAAACCUCCAAGUGUCUUGAAAAGACCAGUAAUGAUCUGAAGAAACCUGGAAAAACGCUGAAUGACGAGUUCUCAAAAAACGCCAAACGCCCGCUCUAUCCCCCAGGAAAGAAGCAGCAGAGGUCGAGCGGGCACACGAACUCUCGACUUCGGGAGAAGAACACCCCCCAGAAGCCUCGGACUCGAGAUUUGGAGAGGGAAAAGUUCCUGGCGUUAGAAAAGUUGAAUAAUAAUUUUGAGGCUAGGAUGCAGCUACCGGACAAGUUAAAUGAAGACCUCAACUGGUGGCUACAUAAUCUAGAUUCUUGUGGUAACCCUAUUAAUGAUUUUAUUUACGAGUUGGAGAUUCACUCGGACGCAUCUGGCUCAGGCUGGGGUGCUUUUGCAGAAAGGGAGAGGGCACACGGGUUCUGGAGCCUUGAAGAUCAACGUCAUCAUAUAAAUUACUUAGAAUUACUCUCAGCAUUUUUUGGCCUGAAGUGUUUUGCGAGACAUCUUCAGAAUUGUAAUGUCCUUCUACGCAUUGACAAUACCACUGCUAUUUCUUAUGUUAAUCGUAUGGGGGGUAUCCAGAUCUUAGACCUCAGCAAGUUAGCGAAGAAGAUCUGGCAGUGGUGCGAGAGCCGUAAUCUCUGGAUCUUCGCAUCAUACAUCAGCUCGGCUGAUAACAGCAUUGCUGAUUAUGAGUCAAGACGGUUAGAACCAGAAACAGAAUUCAGUCUUGCUCCUUAUGCUUUCGACGAAAUUUGUCGAACCCUCGGCUAUCCUCAAAUAGAUUUAUUCGCGUCAAGGUCUAAUAAAAAAUGUAAGAGAUUUGUGUCAUGGCAAAAGGACCCCGAGUCGGGAACCCCACCCACUCCAGAAACAACUUUCCCUGGUGGCAGGAAUUUUGUCAGGAAGGCAAUUGAGAUGAGAGGAGCACCACCAGAAUCUUCUGAACUCUCCUUGGACUCCAUCAGGUUGUCAUCAUGGAAACAAUAUGAAUCACCCCUCAAGAAAUGGUGGCAAUUUUGUCUCCCUAAUCAGUGGGAUGCUUACAUCCUAAACACGGCUCAUAUCCUCUCCUUUUUGACUGAACAAUUUCAUAAGGGAGCCUCCCAAGGAACAAUAAAUUGUUACCGAUCAGCAUUAUCUCUUCUUCUGGGACCAGAAGUAGGCUCAGAUCCUGGCAUAAAACGGUUCUGCAAAGGUGUAAGUAACAAGGGACCUUCGAAACCCAAAUACAAUGAUACCUGGGACCCAAAGGUAGUGUUAGAUCUUUUGGAGACGUGGCCCUCCAAUGAGGCUCUCGGCUUAAAACAAUUGACCUUGAAGCUGACCAUUCUCCUGGCCUUGACGACAUCACACCGUAUGCAGACCUUCUCAGUGAUUGAUAUCAGGAACAUAAGAGUAUUAGCUGAUCAUAUCGAGAUUAAAAUACCUGCGAUGAUCAAAACUUCUAAUUCUGGAACUGUUAAAAAUAAAAAACAACCAACUCUCAUCCUGCCCUUCUUCUCUCAGAACAAAAGAAUCUGCGUAGCCACAACUCUUCAGGAUUACCUCCAAGCUACUCAGGAACUUCGACUCAACACUCAUAAUCUUCUGAUUUCAUUCCAAAAACCUCACAAUAAAGUUACAGCACAGACAAUUGGUAGGUGGAUUAAAGACAUUCUCAAGGAAUGUGGCAUCGAUACAGGAGUAUUCACAGCAUACUCUACUAGGCAUGCCUCAACAUCAGCAGCAAAGAGAAGUGGUAUCAGCGUUGACCUAAUCAAACAGACUGCUGGAUGGACACAAAAAUCCAAGGUGUUUGCUGAUUUUUAUCACCUGGAUUUAGUAAAAGAUAAAACUGAAUAUGCUAAGACUCUCCUGUUGAAUAAAACUUGA